GGGCCCAUUUAUGGUUUUUUUUUCAAUCACAUGUCUGAGGCAAGCUGCUUAGGCAGAUUAUAGCAGCAUUAGAGCAGCGGAUUAAAAGGAGUUCAUGAGCUGGGGUUUAUAGGGCCGAAAAAUAAAAAGAAAAGUUUUAAUGGGUUUAAUUCGGUGAUCCGUCUCGUUGGAGUGAGCCUGUAUGAUACGGGUUCAAGCCACGCGUCGAACAGGCAUUGGCCGCGUGUUAUCGCGUCGAUAGCAAGAAAAAUAGGGUUACGCGUGAGAGAAUUCAUUUUCUCAUCUUCUUUCGAAAGCUAGGGUUUCUCUCUGUGGGAGGCGAUUUCUCGUGCGACGCGACAACCAGAGAAUUUCUCGAUCAAAUCGACGUCGGAGUCUCUCGUAAACGAUCUCAGGUGAGUAUCGACUACUUUUACGGUUUCAUUGAAUCUUUUUGGGGUUGAAAGCGUUAUCGGUUAAUUGAAAAUCGAUUUGGGGGUUUUGAUGUAGGGUUCAAAAUCGAUAUGGGGGUUUCCAUUUAGGGUUAAUUAUCGUCAUGCGGGUUCCAUUUAGGGUUCGUUUCUCGAGGAUUUGAAAUCGAUUAGGGGGUUUCUACUUAGGGUUCCAAAUCGAGUUUCUGGUUAAGCUCUACCGUUUAUUGUGUUCUAAUAUUUGCUUUUUCUGGUACAGAUGGAUCCCGCAGAAGAGAGAAGAGAGACAAAGAGACAGACGGAGUUGAUCAACAUGCAAGGAUACGUGGCAGAUUCAGAAUACGGGAUUCCGACGAGGUGUCCCUGCGGAGGGAGAAUCAUUGACGAUGUUCGGGGGAAGGACGACUACGACACUCUUCCUGGGAAGCGGUUCUUCACCUGCAAAAACUACAAGGCUGAUGGGUUUCAUUACCGUCAGCCUUGGGUGAUUGGUGUCCAGGAGCAUAUCGAACGUCUCACAAAGCGUCUGGAGGAGGUUGAGUUGGUGAUCAACUGGGUCCCGGAGGUCAAUAAUCAGAUUGAGAGGCUGGAGGUAAUGUGACUUGCAUAUUUUUUGUUUAAAAUUUGUAAUAUUUUCCUUAUUUUUUUAUUAACGGACUAACAAAUUGUGAUUGUUUUUUACAUGUCCAGGCAGAGGUUAAAGCCCUCAAUGGGGAGGUUGAUAACCUCACUGGGCAGGUUUAUAACCUCUCAGUGCAGGUCGCGAACUUGGAGAAGCUAUGCUUCGACUGAAAAAAAAGGUAACACUCAAGCUUAAUCAAUUCGAGUGCUAGUUAGAGUUGAAUUUGAACUGAACUAUGUGUACUAGGUUGAGUUGAAUUUGAAAUGAAUGUUGAUGAAUGGUUGAGUGUUAACCCCGUGUACUUGUGUUUUGGUUGGUUGCGUAAUCAAUUCGACUGCUAGGUAGAGUUGAAUUAGAACUGAUUUGAUGUUUAUUGAAUACUGUCUGUAUAGUAGUUGUAGUUUUAAAAACUUUAAUCAAUGUUUGGUGGUUAGACCCACUUUAAUUUUUUGUCCUUUCAAAGUCAAAACUAGUAUAAAAUCAUAGGCAAUCUUCUUCUGAAAACACAAACCAAAGUUUAAACCCAUUUAUCUAAAAUCUAAAUGGAUCCUUUUAACUUUAACUCUCCCGGGUUGGUUAACCUACUAGUCUCUCAGAGCAGUCAAACAAUAGACUUAGGGUGUUCUGAGGUUCCUAAACCGGCGUCAAAGCGAAAGUGGACAACCAAAGAAGACGUUGUCUUGAUCAGUGCUUGGUUGAACACCAGCAAUGAUCCAAUCGUGAGUAACGAGCAGAAGGCAGGCACGUUUUGGAAGCGCAUAGAGGAGUAUGUCAAUGCUAGUCCUCUGCUCAUUGGCUCCAUUCCUAGGGAGUGGAGUCAAUGUAAGCAGAGGUGGGGAAGGGUUAAUGAGCAGGUCUGCAAGUUUGUUGGAAGCCAUGAAGCCGCGCUGAAGGAGCAAGCGAGUGGGCAAAAUGAGAAUGAUGUCAUGAAGGCUGCCCAUGACAUCUUCUUUAACGACUAUCUUGUCAAGUUCAGUAUGGAACAUUGUUGGAGGGAGCUUAGGUUUGAUCAAAAAUGGAGAUCACACUCAUUCUCGAAAGAUGGUGCAAAGGAGAAAAGGAAGGAACCGGCAGAGGAGGUUCCUGUGGACCAAGAUGUUAGGCCUCCUGGCGUUAAGGCUAGCAAAGCAGCCAAACGCAAGAAGCACGCGAAUGAAGCAGCUUUUGAUCAGAUAGAGAGCAUAUUAGCUGCGAAAAAUACUAUAUCCAAACAGAAAAUCCUUGAUCGCUUGCUAGCAAAAACUGAAGCUACACUUUCUCCACAAGAAGUGUCUCUUAAAAAUAAACUCAUUUCUGAAAUGCUUUGAUAGGGUCAGUUGGUUAAUUGCAUUUGAUAUGAAUUUUUAAGUUAAUUUUUUAGUUGGAUAAUGCUUGAUAUGAACUUGAUUGCAUUUGAUAUUUGCUGAAUAUGCUUUGGGUUGCAGGUUUGCAGGUUUGCAGGUCACGGGUUGCGAUAGGUGGAUGCGUGCGUGUGGACGUGUUGUUAGUAGGGUCUCUAUCUGAUCACGGGUUCUCUUUUGGUAUCAGGUCACGGGUUUUCUGUUUGAUUCACGGGUGAGUGUAGAAUUUUGAAUCUUUCUACACUUCUUUUAACUUCAUCGGAUUUAAUGGGUGUAUGUACCCACAGGUUGUGUUUUGAACUCACGGGUGUAUGUACCCACGGGUUCUAUUUUGUACUCACGGGUGUAUGUACCCGAUCAACAUGUAAAAUAUGUCUCUUUAUAUAAUCGAUGUUUCUCACUUCUGUUUGUGCAACAACUCUUUCACUUCUCUAUAUAUUAAUUGUUGUUUCACCACGAUUUUUCUCAACCAUCACCACGAUUCUUCUCAACUAUCACCACACCUUCAUUGCAUUCAACCAAAAGAAAUUAAUUCUCAAUCCGUAGAGGUUAGUAAUGUUUUUAUAAGUUAUAUUUUUAUAAGUUUAUAAAAAAUUUAAGUAAUGGAAAUUUAAAUUAAUAUUUUUAAAUUUAAAAAAAAAUGAUAAAAGACAACACUACAUACCAUAUAGACAAGAAAAAAAUGUUAUGGUUUUAUAAGUUAUAUUUUUAUAAGUUUAUAAAAAAUUUAAGUAAUGGAAAUUUAAAUUAAUAUUUUUAAAUUUAAAAAAAAAUGAUAAAAGACAACACAAAAAAACGAUAUAGACAAGGAAAUAAAUGUAAUGUACUUAUAAGAUAGUUAUAUUUUUAUUAGUUUUUUAUAAAUCCCUUUUGCCUUUUAUAGGAAGUAAAUUGCUUCAACAAUGUCUUCCUCAUCAAGUGAUGAAGUAGAUGAGUAUUUAGAAGAAAUGGUCGACGAAGUUGUUGAUAAUUUCAUCGACUCAGUAGUUGAUGGUCAAGCUAACAACCCGAAGAGACGAGCUUAUAUCGAAAGAAAUCGGGAACGCGGACACAAUCAACUAUUGACCGACUAUUUCAACGAAAAUCCCACACACCCAUCGGAAAUGUUUAGGCGGCGUUUUCGAAUGAACAAGUCAUUGUUCCUUCGCAUUGUCGAUCGCCUAAGUACUGAAGUGCCAUACUUUUAGCAAAGAAAAAAUGCUCACGGAAGGUUCGGGCUAUCUGCACUUCAAAAGUGUACGGCAGCUAUACGUAUGCUGGCAUACGGUCAAUCGAGAGAUACAUAUGACGAAUAUCUCCGACUUGGUAAAAGUACGUCACGUUUAUGUUUGGAAAAUUUCACUACUGGGAUAAUACAAUUGUUUGGACAGGAGUAUUUACGAAGACCUAAUGAGGAUGAUCUUCAACGAUUACUCGAUAUUGGAGAGGUACGGGGGUUCUCAGGGAUGAUUGGCAGCAUCGACUGUAUGCACUGGGAGUGGAAAAACUGCCCAACGGCUUGGAAAGGCCAGUACACACGUGGUUCAGGAAAGCCGACAAUUGUCUUAGAAGCUGUUGCAUCACAAGAUCUUUGGAUAUGGCACGCAUUUUUCGGAUUACCAGGUACCCUCAACGAUAUCAAUGUUCUUGAUCGAUCACCAGUUUUUGAUGAUAUUUUACAAGGUCGAGCACCAAAAGUGAAGUUCAAGGUCAACAACCACACUUAUCGUAUGGCCUACUACCUUACUGACGAGAUUUAUCCAAAUUGGUCAACAUUUAUCCAAUCCAUCCCACUCCCUCAAGGUCCUAAAGCAGAGCUAUUUGCCGAACGUCAAGAAUCCACCAGAAAAGAUGUCGAACGGGCUUUUGGAGUAUUGCAAUCAAGGUUCGCAAUAGUUAAAAAUCCAGCUCUACUAUGGGACAAGGAAAAGAUAGGAUGGAUUAUGAGAAGUUGUGUCAUAUUGCACAAUAUGAUAGUAGAGAACGAACGAGACAGAUAUACCCAAAUUGAUACAUCUGAGUUCGAGUCAGGAGAGUCAAGCAGAAGUUCCAAGGUGAAAACGAGAACAAGUUUUAAUAUAGGUAAUAUGUUAGGCGUUCGCAAUGAAGUUCGGGAUUCAGAGAAACAUCAUCUUUUGAAAGCGGAUUUAGUUGAAAAUGUAUGGAAAAAGUUUGGUAAUGUAGAUGAAUAAUCUUUCUAUGUUCAUUAAUAUUCUUAAUGUAUUGAAUAAAAAGUUUUCA